GCUGUGACAAACAAUUUCGUGGUGCACAAGAUCCACAGUUUGGGUUUCCUUCUCCCCAAAUACCUCCUUUUUUUUUUUUGAAAGGAAAAGGAAAGGGAAGGGAAGGAAGAAGAAAAAACUAAUGCCACUGACGAAGUACUACUGCGACUAUUGUGACAAACAAUUUCAGGAUACGCCGUCGGCUAGAAGGCGCCAUCUCCAGGGCGUACAACACCAAAGAGCCAAAGCUCUCUGGUACGACCGCUUGAGAGAACCAAAUCACAAUCAAUUGGAGGGUUUCGGUAAAGGAGUCUGCAAUCGUUUCCUGAGGACGGGUUUAUGCCAUUAUGGGGAUUCCUGUAAAUAUUUUCAUCCAAAGCAAAAUAUUCAGAAUCCAAAUAUUCAAGGCAUACCAGCAGCAAACUUCACCGAAAAUAUUCAAUUACCAGCUAUUAUGGGAACUCAACUUACAGGAGGAAGCUCUAUGACAGGGAAUGUGGUUGGAGAUGCAAUGGGAAUUUCAUUUGGUAAUUUACCUCCUUCACUAAGGCCACCUCCAGAGGGUGGUUAUGCACCUCUUCCCUUUGUAGAUUGGGGAUAGAUCUGCUUCUUUCAUUUUAAACCCAUGUUGUUGGUGCCAUUUUUGUAAUCUCUUUGCCCUUUGUCCCUUUAAAGUGAAUGUGAUGUAGUUAUUAUGUAUUUGAUAUGGCUUGGCAAGUCUGGUUCUAUUUGUGUGAUAAGAGUGGAUGUAUAUACUUGUAGGUAGACUGGUUGAUGCAUUCGACUGAUGUAAUAAAAUGCCAUAUCAUAUGUGCUGCAUUGGGAAUUGCAA